AGCGUCGCAGCUACUUCCGCUUCGCUCUCCAAAACAAGAGUGUCGACCAACACGAGCACUAUCUCCUUCACAGACUACGCUUUAACCUUCAACUCUAUUUUAAGUUUUCUUUCGCGAUCGCAGAUAUGACUCUGAGACAGAUGGCCGCGUUGGGUGUCCUCGCGGAGGAGACGGACGCCGCGCUGAAGCCGCUGAGGCCCGGGACGAACGGCCUGAGAGGCCUGCAGCUGGACGGACGGUUCGUGUCCGCGGGAGACGGCUCUCUACCGGCCACCCCGGACCCGCAGGAGCUCGGUUCCGACACGCAGCAGCUCCUGUUGGAUUUCUAUUGCACGCACACCGGAAUGAGCCUCCCGGACCGGAAGCGUCAUCACGCGUUACCGACGAUGACACGCGUCGUCGCGGACGUCCUCAUAAAGCACCAGAUCACUUACAGAGGGAUGCUGCAGCGUCUGCAGCUGGACUCUCAGCCGGACGACUUGAGCUUCAUCGGCUGUAUAGCAAAGACGAUGUUCAGAGAUGACACCACUAACUGGGGCCGGAUCGUGAGUCUGGUGGCCUUCGGAGCCGUGGUGUGCUCACAGCUGAAGGAGCUGCAGAGGGAGCGGU